UGCUUCCAUAACCUUCUACCUGCUUUCCCCCCCUUUUCUCAUUUUCUCUAUCUUAUCCCAUUUAUUUAUCAGAUUUCAUUGGAUUUCAUUGACAAUUACAAAGAUACACUGCCCAAUUAGGCUUGAUUUUCUAACACCCAAAUCCUACAUUUUCUAGCCUUUUUCAUGCUCUAAUCAAAAUACCACCUAAAAAACCCACAAAAAUCAUGCCAAAUUCUCCCUCAAAUCAUCACACAAACCCAGAAAAUCCCCAAAUUCCAAACACCGAGAAGCGUCUCUGUGAUUUUUGCACAGAAUCAGUAGCACUAAUCUACUGCAGAGCAGAUUCUGCAAAGCUAUGUUUAUCUUGUGACAGAGAAGUUCAUUCAACCAACCAACUAUUCACAAAACAUACUCGAUUUCAGCUUUGUGAUGCUUGUGAUUCAUCCCCUGCAUCAAUUUUCUGUCAUACUGAACAUUCUGUGUUGUGUCAGAACUGUGAUUUUGAGCGCCAUAGCCGCCAUGGAAGCUCCCUUGACCAUGACAGAAGGCCUCUUGAAGGGUUUAGUGGGUGCCCUUGUGUUUCUGAGCUUUCUGUUGCAAUUGGGUUUGAAGGGUUUGAUUCCAAGUCUUUGAUUUUGGGUGGUGAAAGUGGUGUUAAUAAGGGUUUUAAUGGGGGUUUAUUUGAUGGGUUAGAUGAGGGAAAUGAUGGGUUUUCUGAUUUGUUUGUUUGGGAUGUUCCUACUAUGGUUAGUCUUGAUGAUUUGAUUGUUUCUACUAAUAAAAGUCAUAGUUUUCAAGCUAUGGUGGUGCCUCCUUUGCCUAAGGAUAGGAAUUUAUCUUGUGGGCAGCACAAGCAUGAGAUACUUCAUCAGCUUCGUGCAUUAGCUAAGUUGGAGCCUGGUAUAAAACAAGAUGUGAACCCCCUUUAUAUGCACCAGUUUGCUGCUGAUGAAGAUGAGAAAGACUCCAUGGUACAGCAUAAGUUUCAAGCUCACCAACGUGAUGAAGAACACUACACAUUUCAUGGGAAUGAGGCAAGCCCAUACAAUUGGUGCUAUGACACAGGUGAAGAUGUCAAUGACAUAUAUUUUUCCUCUGCCUUGUCGGGAAGCCAUAAUGAAGAUAGUGUUCCGAAUCCGGAUACACCUUCCGGCAUGUGUAGCAGUGCAAAUCUCAUCACUAAUGGAUGUAAUUCACAGAAUCCCAUCAAAAAUGGAUCAGUCGGAAUCCCUCAGAAUGUUUCCUCACGUGAAAUUACUAGUGCAGAUCGGGAUACUGCAUUAUCACGAUACAAAGAAAAGAAGAGGACUAGGAGGUUUGAAAAGCAUAUCAGAUAUGAAUCGAGAAAGCUUCAAGCAGAAAAUAGGGUAAGAAUCAAAGGUCGCUUUGCUAAGGUAGAUAACCGUACGAAUCAGACUUGAGACACGGUUGUGCAAGAGUCAAAGAAAGUUCAUGCUCCAAGUACCUCAGGUUGUUGCCGUUGAAAUAAGUCAUUUUUGCACCUGGCUGCGCUACAAUCGAUGUUCAUGUGUCCGUAUAAGCUUCUGUAAACUACUGUAAAAGGUGCACAGACUUGUAUAUUUUAUUUUUGUUUGUAUUCUUUUAUAAAUGGUGUGUAGUGCUGUCACCAGUGAGCUGCUGAAACUUGGUUAAUUAUUAUGAACGUGAUAUUUCAGCUUUCCUGCUUUGAUUUGAGAGGAAGAAAAAUAAAUAAAAUGAAAAUUGGGAAAAGAUGGAAUUUUCAAGAUUA